AUGGCCUAUAUCUUAGCCGUGAAUGCGGAUAUUCUCUCUUCUUCUGGUGGUCCAUGCAAGUGUGAGAGUGAAAAUUUCUGCCGUGACGAUCCCGUCUACUUGAGCUGCAAGGCCGAUGUGCAUCGCGCUUACAUCGUUGCAACGGCGGCAGCAUCGGUCAUUGCCAGUGGUCUCAUGGGCCUUUUUGCUAACAUGCCGCUCGGUCUCGCGCCAGGUCUAGGCGCCAACGCCUACUUUGCUACGGUCGUUGGCGAGGCGGGGUCGGGGACGGUGCCCUAUUCGCAGGCCCUCGCUGUGGUAUGGCUCGAAGGCUGGAUCUUUGUGGCCCUCGCCGUGUUUGGUGUGCGUCAAUGGCUCGCUCGUAUCCUACCAAAUUCCAUCAAGCUAAGUACCGGUGCCGGUAUUGGCCUUUACUUGGCCUUUAUUGGCCUGGGCCCCGGCGGUCUAAACAUUGUUGGCUUAUCGUAUACCAACAUUGUGGGCUUUGCUGGGUGCUUACCUGAGUACCAAGACGAGAACGGUGUAUGUCUCUCGCAUGUGCUGCAGAGCCCCAAAAUGUGGGUCGGCAUCUUCUUGGGCGGUGUGGUGAUUGCGUUCCUCAUCCUGUACCGCGUCCGUGGCGCUAUGAUCAUCGGUAUUCUUCUCGUAUCCAUCUCGUCGUGGCCGCGUGGCUCCUCCGUGACGCAGUUCCCGCACACACCUUUAGGCGACGAAAACUGGGACUUUUUUAAGCAUGUGGCCACCUGGCGCAGCAUCAAUCCACUGGGGCCGCAGAACAUCGACUGGCAGGGCUACGAUACCGGUCAUGCAUGGUUGGCGCUCAUUACUUUCUUGUAUAUUGACUUGCUCGAUACGACAGGUACACUGUACGCCAUGGCGUCGCAUGCCGGCCUCGUAGACGUGCGUACGGGCGACUUUGAGGGCAGCUCGACCGCCUACAUCUCCGAUGCGCUUUCCAUCUGCACAGGCAGUCUGCUCGGCUGUUCGCCCUGCACAGCGUUCAUUGAGAGUGCUUCGGGUAUUGCUGAAGGUGGACGUACUGGCAUCACGGCGCUGGUCGUCGCGCUGCUCUUCUUCCUCAGUCUGUUCUUCGCACCGAUUUUCGCAUCGCUCCCUAGCUGGGCCACUGGAUCCGUACUGGUCAUUGUUGGUUCCAUGAUGAUGUCAAGUGUCGCUGAGAUCAACUGGGGCUAUCUAGGCGAUGCGCUGCCAGCGUUCUUGACAAUCAUCGGCAUUCCCUUCUUCUACAACAUUGCAUACGGUCUGAUCGCCGGUAUCAUCGCAUACAUGAUUCUCAACAUUGUACCGUGGCUCGUGAUCAAAAUCACACGUGGUAAGGUCGUGCCAGAAGGCUGGUACACCGACCGUGAGCCAUGGGGCAUGGCGCCUCCUGCGCCGUACAUGGACUUGUCCACCAAGAAGCUGAACAAGUUCCAGCGGUGGGCGACGAGCAGUUUCUUGUUCCCUACGUGGCUCAAGAAGCUGAUCGCGGGCAACUGGUACUUUUGGCGGCUGACCGAUGCGGAGAUUGCCGACCAUUUGGAAGGCCGCCGCAUCUCGGAAAUGCAUCGCAAGAUCCGCGAAGCCCGUCGUGCCGACGAACUGGAGCGGAUGCGGCACUAUCCGCAGCCUCCGCGCAAUGUGGAAGAGGAGCUCCCUGUCUCGGUCAUGGGCGGCGCCGAGAAGUUUGAGGAGUUGUAG